ACUUCCUGAACCGGUACCUCAGCCGUAUAAAAACCCGCAGCGCCUCUGAGCAGGGAGAGGGAGAGAGCAAGCGCUGCACAAAGACGUAAAACAAAGCUACCACUGGACAGAUUCAGUCAAAUAAGCGACGUAUUUAUAUCCAAAGGCUGCUCUAGAAUUGCUGAGAAGGCAGAUUCUGCAAAAGGAAUAGAAACCUCUCACCACAUCUCAACCAUCAAUCAUGAAUGAAAUACGUUUAGCUAUUGACAUUCUACUCUUGUGUAUAUCCUGUGGAGCAAGUGCACUGGCAGCCUUCAAUCCCACUGCAUCUUCAUCUCUGCCAGCAACCAAUUUAACUGAUAUUAAAUAUCUCACUGAGGCCGCAAACCUUCCCAAAACCAGACGGAAACGUUAUAUUUCCCAGAAUGAUAUGAUCACUAUUCUUGAUUACCAUAAUAAAGUCAGAGGGAAAGUUUUCCCCCCAGCUUCAAACAUGGAAUAUAUGGUCUGGGAUGACACUCUUGCAAAAACGGCUGAGCAGUGGGCGUCUACAUGCAUUUGGGAGCACGGUCCUCGCAAUCUUCUUAGAUUUCUGGGUCAGAACCUUUCGGUUCGAACAGGAAGGUACAGAUCCAUUUUGCAGCUGGUGAAGCCCUGGCAUGAUGAAGUGAAGGACUAUUCUUUUCCCUAUCCUCGAGACUGCAAUCCCAGAUGUCCUCUUAAGUGCUAUGGGCCAAUGUGCACUCAUUAUACACAAAUGGUGUGGGCAACCUCGAAUAAAGUAGGAUGUGCCAUCCACACUUGCCAUAAUAUGAAUGUUUGGGGUUCAGUAUGGAAGAGGGCAACAUACUUGGUGUGCAACUAUUCCCCAAAGGGUAACUGGAUUGGUGAGGCCCCAUAUAAAGUAGGUGUUCCUUGUUCCACGUGCCCUCCGAGCUAUGGAGGAUCAUGCAGUAACAACAUGUGCUUUCCUGCUGUGAACUCAAAUUACCUGCACUGGUUCAAAUGAACACACAGACAGAAUGCACAUGCCCCAUUACAGAGACACUGUCCCUCAUGGGAAUUUGCACAACAUUCCUGCGUCACCCUGUUUUUUAUAUUAUGGGCCAUAUAGGACCAUGGGUUGCGAGGCAGCAAGUUUUUAAAGACAUGUACAUAACUUAUUUUUCAGUAUUUAUACCAUUAUAUUAUAUUGUUUUGUGUAUGCACCCAUUUAUAGGAAAUUUAUUUAUAGUUUGUUUCCUGAGAGGGACUCUACUGUGAUCUGUCAAGUCAGGAUUAGUGCUUACAGUAUUCAACCGUAACUGUAUUCAGAGAUCACGAGGUGCAGUUGCCAAAAUUCCCAUCAGGCCUGGUUAGCCAGUCUAACAUUGCACGUUGUCUGUAGUCCCAGAUUGGUCCUAACGAAAUAAUUCACCCAAAAAUGAACAUUCUGUCAUAAUUUAAUCGCCCUUGUGUCGUUUUUAAACUCUUUUUCAUCUGUGGAAGACAAAAGAAUACCUUUUGAAAUAAUGUUUUUGUCUAUUAUGAAAGUCUUGGACCCCAUUGACUUUUCUUGUAUGGACAGAAACUGCUGAAAUAUUCUUCUAAAUAUCAUCCCACAGAUAAUGUUCUGUUAUUAUUUACUUCUGACUUCUAAAAGAAAGGAAAAGAAUUUUUGUAAUGCUGAAGCUGUUUGGUUACUGACAUUCUUCAAAGUAUCUUCUACGUUCAAACGAAGAAACUAAGUUUGUAACAACUUGGGGAUGAGUAAAUAAUGACAGAAUUGUAAUUUUAGGGUGAACUAUCCCUUUAAGUCAUAUGAUGUCAUGUCUAUUAACCCUGGUGGUUGACUUUUGGUGCUUCAGAAGAAAUGUCAAGUUCGGUUUUCUUGAACUGGACUCAGACACAAUAGAACUUCACUGGUUUGAAUACACUCACUGGCAUCCUUAGUAAUGCUUUGCUUUGGGUCUUCCCUCUUGGAAGGUUUCCACAUGCUUACAGCUUACAAGCGUGUGCUUGAGGCUUAGACGUUGUGGAUUAGGCAUCAUUUGGAAAAACCUCUGCAUUUUGCAAUCCAAGAGCAUUUAGUGAGAUGGCUAAUCAUGCUGUACCCACAUGAAAUGUUGAGGCGGAUUAACAUGGAAACAUGUUUUCGUAAGUGCACCUUAUAAUGUUUUUUAAAAAUGUAUUUGUAUUGAGAAGACUGUCAUUAUUUGUGAUUUUUACCAAUUGUGCAUACAUGUAUUAUGAAUUCAGAAGUACAGUCUCUACAAUGCAUUCAUAACAGUGGCACGUUAUUGCAUUGUAUUGCACUGUUGAUUUCACUUGUUUUUUUUUUUUUUAACUGCAUCACACAAGCACUUGGGUAAAUCUAUCAGGCACUGCUCUGAAUAUGGAGGGGAUAUAAAGGGCUAUUUAUUCCUUCCCCUCCUUAGAUUCAACAUGACAUUGUUUAUAGAAAUGGUAUUUUCUACUAAAUCCACUUCUGUAAAAUAUCAUUUUUAAUGAUGUCAUAGCAUAUUUCAUUGUAUUAAUGUGUCGUUGUAGACCUCUGAAAAAUAGUUGGUGCUGGAUUAAAUUACAUGAUUAUGUAAAUUUGUGUAUUUGCACCUAA